AUGAAAGGAGCUAUUGCAAUACUGGCCACCACUAUGGUACUGUUCAUGUUCGCCGUCGAGCAGAUGAACCCGGCCGAUGCAGCCUCUUACACCGUCACUUGGACCUUCGGCGCCGGCUCUUGGCCCGCCGGAAAGAGCUUCAAGGCCGGUGACAUGAUCGUUUUCAAAUACCCGAAAGGGGUACACAACGUGGCGGUGGUGGGCUCCGGCGGCUACAGCGCCUGCAGCGCGGCGGGGGCGAAGGUUUACAGCUCCGGCAACGACCAGCUGACUCUGGCCAAGGGAGCAAACUACUUCAUCUGCGCCAUACCUGGCCACUGUCAAGCGAAUCUCAAGAUGACCGUCAAUGCGUCUUAA